AUGCUCAAGAGCGGCAUCGCCCGUAGCUUGGGCAGGUCUGCCCUUGCUCGACCUUCCAUCUCCCGACGCGCCUUCGAGCCCCUACGGAAACAGGCUGCUCCAGCUAUUGCACAGCGAUGGGCCUCGACGGACUCUGCAAGAGACGGGAAGAUCCAUCAGGUCAUUGGAGCUGUCGUUGACGUCAAAUUUGAUACCGAACAACUCCCUCCCAUCCUCAAUGCCCUAGAAACGGAUAACAACGGACAGAAGCUUGUUUUGGAAGUCGCGCAACAUUUGGGUGAGAGUGUUGUGAGAUGUAUUGCUAUGGAUGGUACCGAGGGUCUCGUCCGAGGAAAUAAAGCUACCGAUACUGGCUCUCCGAUCAAGAUCCCAGUCGGCCCUGGCACUUUGGGUCGCAUCAUGAACGUCACCGGUGACCCGAUUGAUGAAAGAGGUCCCAUCAAAGCCACCAAGUUUGCCCCAAUUCACGCCGAUCCUCCUGAGUUCAUCGAGCAAGCCACGUCCGCCGAGGUCUUGGUUACCGGCAUCAAGGUCGUCGACUUGUUGGCUCCUUACGCCCGUGGUGGAAAGAUUGGUCUCUUCGGUGGUGCAGGUGUCGGCAAAACUGUGUUUAUUCAGGAGUUGAUCAACAACAUCGCCAAAGCCCACGGUGGUUACUCCGUCUUCACUGGUGUCGGUGAGCGAACUCGUGAAGGUAACGAUCUGUACCACGAAAUGCAGGAAACUUCGGUCAUUCAGCUCGAUGGCGAAUCCAAGGUCGCUCUGGUGUUUGGUCAGAUGAACGAACCUCCUGGGGCUCGCGCUCGUGUCGCCUUGACUGGUUUAACUGUGGCUGAGUUUUUCCGCGACGAAGAAGGGCAGGAUGUGUUGCUUUUCAUCGACAACAUUUUCCGAUUCACCCAAGCCGGUUCCGAGGUGUCUGCUUUGCUUGGUCGUAUCCCAUCUGCUGUGGGUUACCAACCUACCCUCGCCGUCGACAUGGGUGCCAUGCAGGAACGUAUCACCACCACUCAGAAAGGAUCCAUCACUUCGGUGCAGGCCGUGUACGUGCCCGCUGACGAUUUGACUGAUCCUGCGCCUGCGACGACCUUCGCUCACUUGGACGCCACCACCGUGUUGUCUCGUGGUAUUUCCGAACUGGGUAUCUACCCUGCUGUCGACCCCCUCGACUCGAAAUCCCGCAUGUUGGAUCCCCGUGUCGUCGGACAAGAGCAUUAUGACACUGCCUCCCGCGUCCAGCAGAUGUUGCAAGAAUACAAGUCUCUCCAGGAUAUCAUUGCCAUUUUGGGUAUGGACGAACUUUCGGAAGCCGACAAGCUGACCGUCGAACGAGCCCGCAAACUGCAGCGUUUCCUGUCGCAACCCUUCACCGUCGCCCAAGUGUUUACUGGUAUCGAAGGCAAGCUUGUGGAUCUGAAGGACACGAUUAGCAGCUUCCAGAAGAUCAUCAACGGUGAGGGUGAUGACCUCCCCGAAGGUGCUUUCUACAUGGUGGGCGACUUUGAGAGCGCAAGGGCCAAGGGCGAGAAGAUUUUGGCAGAGUUGGAGAAGUCGUAA